AUGCAUUUAUCUAAUUUCUUGCUUGACUAUCAACUUGCUUAUUUGUUUGACUCUUCUCGCUGUCUGUUCGACAACCACUUGGUUCGUUCGCUUUCUGAUUUGCUGAAACAUAUAUUUGUGUGGGAUAAAUUUCCCUUGUUUCUUAUAUACUUGGCACGUUUCCCAAACUUUUUCUUUCUUUCUUUCUUUCUUUCUUUCUUUCUUUCUUUCUUUCUUUCGUGUUUCUUUUUCACCCUGUCCCUCAUUCAAUUGCGACCUCAACCCACACUCAUUCGGUUCCCAUUUUCUUCUCUUUCUCCUCUUUCUCAUUCUCAACGAGUACAUAGGCGUUUACAUAUGCGGAUGGCCUCGUACGCACACGCAUUCUAUUCCAAUCUCUCUGACACGUUUAUCACGUUAUCGCACCUUCUCUCUUUAUCACUUCUGCCUUUCACUUUCAUAUACCACUUUAUCAUCAUCUACUCCUACUGCAAGUAUCUAUCUAUUUCUUGCUCUUCCUUGAACACCUUCUCACUUGAAUAUCGCACUUUGACGAUGUCUUCUUACGCUCCCCAUUUUCCUGGGACACAUUAUCCAAACAGGGAACAGCAACAACCACAGCUUUACUUCCCUCUUCCUCCUCAACCACAGGCACUUGUCCCGGGUAGUGACAGGUCCUUUAUUGAAAGGGCCCGAAAAGAAAGACAACAUUACAAUCAAAAUGCCCAGGCUCGGAAAGGUCCCAAAGUAAACAUGCAGGCAGCCAAAAAGGAUCAAAGCCAAGCUGUGAACGCCCCUCACCAGUAUCACAGCAGCCCUCGAAUGCAACCAGCCACGCCCGUUACACCUGUCACGCACGGAGCUGGGUCGGGAGUAUUCAUCCACGGACAAUAUAAUUCACCUCUUGGAUUGUACUCAUCCGAUGUAGCAACAGAAGAACUUUCGCAACAAUCAGGCGGGGUUAUCACAAAUGUCGGAGGAUCGGACAGUCUGAAGAUUUCUGGAGGACACAGCAAUGAUCCAUGCAGAUUGCCAGAGAAACCCAAAAAGGACUUCCGUGACUCUGAGGUGUACAAAUUAAUUAGUGAAAAUGAAGCUACAAAACGAGCUGAAGAUGCUCAACGAGCAGAGGAAGCGGCUGAAACGAAAUUGACUGGAAGUAAUCCUUCCAAGCAGUCUCUAUCUUUUAAAGUUCUACAGUGGAUGACAGAUACAGAAAAACCAGUAGAAGACCAGCAGGAUACUCCAACAGGUACAUAUUCACUUCACAUAAUCAAUUCUCUAAAUCUAAAUAUAGAAAUAUCUGCUUUUAGCUUGUCAGAUGGAAGGUCAUUUAAUCAUUUCAAGGAAUCUUUCUAUUUUUACAAAACAGCAGUUUUUCAUAUUCUCAAGAGUUCUGUUUGUUAA